AUGGUUGACCAGGAUGCCCAGCCGUUCUCUAACAGGACCAGGCGCCCUCUGGAGAUGGUGGUCCUACUGGCCUUGCUCACAGUCAUGGGCUUGUCGUGGGUGCCGACCGCAGGAGCAAACAGAAUCACCUGUCACUCCUGUGAGGCAGAGAACAGCUUUAACUGCACAAAUCCAAAGCAGUGUGAACCUGAAGAACAGUUCUGUGUGGUGGCUGCCAUCUGUAAGUGUUGCUUCAUUCUGGAAUUCUGUGAACGUUUCUACAUGUCUUCAAAGCAGUGCAGCAGAUACUGUCCAGUGCGCCUAGAUGAAACUCCUGUCUCUCAUGCUGGACCGCUGCAGCCUAAGUCCUUUGUGGCCCAAAAGCCCUUGCCCUUCAUAUAUACAAGUUGCUACAAAUUGAACUUGUGUAACGACUAUGGGCCUCCAAUCCUGCAGUUCAAGGAGCAACCCGGGAAAGCCAGUGAGAGAAGAUACAGAUGCACUGAGCUGUUCCUGCCUGGCUUCAUGGUCCUGGCUGCUCCUGGGCUCACAGACCUAAGCCUAAUGUAA